CGCCAGCUUCCGGGCUCGCUCCCCGAGAAAAACGUCGCCCGCCGGACCGCGCCAAGGCUCCCAGCUCGGCAGUCAGGGCCGCCGAAACGGAGGUGUCUUACUAUUAAAGCAGCACGAUGAUGGCUCGCCAGGAGGCGACAGGCGUUUCCGUCAGGCUCCGGCGUCCGCGGCUCCCAAAUCUCGGCGUCCGAAAAGCUACCCGCGCGCCUCCUGGUGGCCUGAUAGGGAAUCACGGUUUUCAGGGACCCAUCGAAGGACACUGGGCGCUAACUGGUUAGCGGUGCCCGCGCGCCCCCUGGCAGCCGUCUGGUAAAUCGCUGAAUCUCUAUGGCCCAGAUCUAUUUGCUCGUGGCGGGAGUGAUGCUCUGCUGCAUCCCUACCUGCUCUCCUGGCUCGGUCUUGCCUUGGUACCAUAGCCUAGAAAACAGGGAACUCUUCAAACUUUUGCAACAGCUGAAAAGUAUUCCCUCUCAGUCCUGCCUAAAUGACAGAACCGACUUCAAAUUCCCUUGGAAAAGAGGGACUAUCACUCAAAUACGGAUGACACAAGGCACCUGCUUCCACCAUCAGAUACUCCAGCAGAUCUUCAACCUCUUCAGCACAAAGGAGAGCCAUGCCAUUUGGAACAACGCUCUUCUCCAUAAAAUACUCUUCUGCCUUGAUCACAGCCUAGAACAAAUGGAGCACAGGGAAGAAGAAAAUCUGGCCUGUCCCCACUUGGGAAUUGUUGUCCGCAAAUAUUUCCAAAGAAUCAAUCUCCAUCUGAAGGAAAAAGAAUACAGCCCUUGUGUCUGGGAGGUUGUCAGAAGGGAAAUUAAAAUGUGCCUUUCUCUCAUCUGACAAUCCUCAAAGACAAGGAAACAAAGAAAAAAGUGAUACUCAUGACACUCUCUAAUAUAUUACAGUGUUUGCCAAGCCCAAAAAACAAUCUUGAUUUAUAUCUGAAACCAAAAUAAUGGUUAUUUAAAAAACAUAUUGUACAUCAUGAAUUUA